AAAAAAAUGGAUUCAAAAACAUGAAAUUUAACAUUGGAAAAAGUUUCAUUCUGUUAAUAACGUUUGAUUUCGUUCUGCUGAUGAUCAAUUGUUACAGUCGUCAUGAUGGACGAAGGGAACGACGUUCAUUAUCGGAUCUAACGACUCGAACUACAAAUUGGAUGGCUAAACCAUUAAAAAAUCGUAUCAGUAAUGUUCGAGAUAAUUUAACUGGACAAGUAUCGGAUUUAACAAGUCGUGUGGAAUCCAAUGGAUUGACCAAUGGUUUAGGCAGUACUAUAUCGAAUACAUUAUCUACACUUACAUCUACAGUUGGUAAUUUAACAUCAAGUUUGUCCAGUUUAUUGUCUGGUCUAUUAUCGACAAUAUUAUCAUUACCAUCAUUUUUAACAUCAACACUGUCGUCAUUAGUGGGUGGAUUAUCACAAACAGUUGGUGAUCUUGGAUCACUGGUCAAUGAUUUACUGAGUGGAUUAACAGAUUUAUUAACACAAUUAUUGAAUUUAGAUGUAAUCAAUACAGAUGUUCUUAGUGAUGUAGCCGAUGCUGGAUCAAAUUUACUUAAUAAUCUAGGUGGUAUACUUAAUAAUACUGUCGAUGCUUUAUCAUCGAUGGUCAACAAUACCGAUUUAGAUAGUGAUACACUUCAAGGUGUUGUGGAUCUAUUAGCCAAUCUAUUGGAUUCAUUGAAAAACACAACAAGUCGAUUGAUUGAUCUGUUAAAUUCAACUACCGAUACAGUAGUGAAUGGAAUUCUCGUUGGUCUAUUGAAUAAUGUACAAGAUUUAUUGACCGGUACAGCUAGUCAAAUUGAAAGCCUGCUAGAUUCUAUACCCGAUACACUCAAUUCAUUACAAGAACCAUUACAGAAUAUUCUUUCUGGAUUACAGGAUACAUUGGAUAAUUUAACGAAAGCCCUUAACUCGAAUAGUGGAUAACAAGCUUUGCUAGAUAUAGACAGUCUAUUCAUAUUAGAUCUCUGGGAUUUUUUUGUUAGUUUUUCCGAAUCGAUCAUAAUAAUCAUAAUAA